AUGAGAAAUAAUAAUAGAUUCCCCUUACCUUUUAUUGUUUCUUUAAUAUUAAAGUUUUAUAAAAUUCAAAAAUAUGCUGAUGUUAAUCCAUCAGGUGUUAAAAUGUUACCAGAAUGGCUUUACGAGAGUAUAUUUAAACGUAAGAAGCGACCUGAGCUUAAUCAAAAACAUAUAAUUAUAUCUUUAGAUCAUUUGAAAAAAAAUGAUUUACUUGAAAAAAAGUUAGAAGAAUUUCCAUCUCUACCACCGCAAUUCAAUUUACCAAAAUUAACGAGGAAUACAAUAGCAGAACAUUUUUGGUAUUUAGGUCAUCAACAAGCAAAUCCACAUAUUAAACUUGCUAAAGAGUUUGCAAACUUAAGAAAAUUACCUGAAAUGCCAUCACCAUCAGAUUGGAAAUUUGAACCAGGUUGGGUUCGUUAUGUAAAAAAUAAAGUACCAGAACCUGUGGAUUAUCCUAGGGAGCAGAUUUUAUGUUUUGAUGUGGAAACGAUGUCUAGUUAUGGUGAUUAUGGUAUGAUUGCCUGCGCUGCUUCUCCCACUGCUUGGUAUGCUUGGACUUCACCAAGUCAAGAUCGUAUAAUAAUUGGUCAUAAUGUAGGGUUUGAUCGUGCACGUAUUUUAGAAGAAUAUUCAUGUAGCGGUUCUAAAAAUAAAUUUUUGGAUACAAUAUGUUUACACAUGGUUGUGAAUGGUCUUUCCUCAACUCAACGCUCAACAUGGAUCAAGUAUCAGAAAGCCAUGCUUGAAAAAAAUGAAAAUUUUUUGAAUGAUGCGAAAAGAUUUAAGCCUAUAUACGACAUUAGUUCUAUAAAUAAUCUUCAAGAUGUCUAUAGAUUACAUUGUCACGAAGAUAUUGACAAAUCAUUACAAGAAGUUUUUGUAAAUGGAACAAUUGAGGAUGUGCUAAUACCAGGAAUGUUUCAGAAAAUUAUGACUUAUUGUGCUAAUGAUGUACUUGCUAUUCAUAGAAUUUAUUGUAAACUUUUACCUCAAUUCUUUGAUGUUUGCCCACAUCCGGUAUCAUUUGCUGGAAUGUUACAUAUGGGUAGUAUGUUUUUACCGACUUCAAAUGAUUGGAAUGAACAUGUUAAUAAGAUUGAGAAUAUCUUUCAAUCACAACGUAUGUCUAUGGAACGAGAUUUGGAAGAUUUAGCAUUAGCUACUUUGGAAGAAGGUAUGAAAAAUCCUGACAAAGUGGAGCAAGAUGAAUUCUUGAAACAAUUGGAUUGGUCACCUAGUUCAAAUAAUGCAAGAUUUCUUCCCGGUUAUCCUAAAUGGUGUAGAGAAAUUUAUGAUCCUAAAGAGGGUAGACUAAAAUUAUCUCAUAGAAUGAAAGUUACCCCUAUUUUGUUACGUUUGAAGUGGAAAGAAUUUCCAUUAUAUUAUUCAAUGCAAUAUGGUUGGACUUAUAGAGUACCAAAAAAUUCUAAUUAUAAAACUAAUGAAAAGCCAUGUGUAUUUGAAGUGGAAAGUAUUGAUAAUGAUUUGUCAUCUAGUUUUCAAUUACAAAGAGAUUUCACAUCUGCUAAUUUAAAUGAUGCCACAGAAUUCAAAAAAGAAUAUAUGCUACUUAAUGAUGAAUCACGUUGUAUGACACCUUUUUCAAAAAAGUAUUUUAGUGAUUAUGAAAAAAAAAUAAUAACAUCAGAGUUCGACAGUAUAACCAAAAAUGUAUUUGAUACAAGUGUUAGUUGCUCAUAUUGGAUAUCAGUUAGAGAACGUGCAUUGGGCCAGAUGGUGAUUGGAAUGAUUUUACCACAAACAAUAGCGAUGGGAACUAUUACACGUCGUUCUGUGGAAAGUACCUGGAUGACCGUUAGUAAUAUCGAGGAAAAUCGAGUAGGAUCAGAACUUAAGGCUUUAAUACAAGCUCCAAAAGGUUAUAAAAUAAUUGGAGCAGAUGUGGAUUCAGAGGAGUUGUGGAUAUCAAGUCUAAUUGGUGAUUCACAAUUUGGAUUUCAUGGUUCAACAGCUAUGAGUUGGAUGACCAUUCAAGGAAAUAAAAGUGAGAGUACAGAUAUGCAUUCACAAACGGCCAAAAUUUUAAAAAUUUCAAGAUCUGAUGCAAAAACAUUUAAUUAUGGUAGAAUAUAUGGGGCUGGAUUAAAGUUUGCAGCACAAUUAUUAAGACAAUGUAAUUUGAAUAUUACAGAAAAAGAAGCAUCUGAACGCGCAGAAGAAUUAUUUAAUUUCACAAAAGGUAAAAGAUUUGCGUCAAAAAAUAUCAAAGAUAACAAGAAUAAACCCCAAAAAAUACCUUAUGAUGAUUUUUGGUAUGGAGGAAGUGAAAGUUAUAUGUUUAAUAGUUUGGAAGAUAUAGCAUUUUCAUUUACACCUAGAACACCAGUUUUAAAAUGUGGGAUGACUGAAGCAUUGAAAAAGGGGGCAUCUAAAUCUGAAUAUAUGAGAUCAAAGAUAAAUUGGGUAGUUCAAUCAUCCGGAGUUGAUUAUCUUCAUUUGCUGUUGGUCUCUAUGCAAUAUUUGAUUGAGAAGUAUGAUAUAAAGGCAAGAUUUAUGAUAUCGAUUUAUGAUGAAAUAAGAUUUCUUGUUGAAGAACAUGAUAGUUAUCGGGCUGCGUUAGCAUUGCAAAUCAGUAAUUUAUGGACAAGAGCAAUGUUUAGUUAUAUGAUGGGAAUUGAGGAUUUACCAUUGUCCACUGCGUUUUUUUCAACAGUUGAUAUUGAUCAUGUAUUACGUAAAGGCGCAGGCACAAGUUGUAAAACUGUAUCUUAUGACUGUAAUAUUGAAAAUGGGGAGAGUUUGACUAUUCAUGAACUUUUGAAGCAUCAAAUUAGUUUACAAAAAAACAAUAAUUAUCUUGAAGAAGAUGUGAUAAAUUUCGGUACUUCCAAUGUUAAUAAUAGUAGAUUUAGGAAAUCAAAGAAAAAAGAUAAUUUAUUGAUAUCACAGCCAACAUUACAAUCUACAUCACCGCCACCAUUUUUAUUGAAACAACAUAAUUCAUAUAAAGAUGAUUUGUUUCUUGAAAUUCAAUCAUUAUCAAGAUAUACCAGGAUUUUUUCUUUUGAUAAUAAUAAACUUAAUAUUAUCAAGAAGAGAUUAUCUCCAGCUUGGAGAUUCUUGUCAUUUAAUGAUGGCCAUAUGACCAGAGGAAAUAUCAAGAGAAAAAUCAUAAUAAUAACACUUCAGCAGUGGCAAAUGGACAGAUUGGGAAUAAAAAGAAAUUUUAGUCAAUGA